AUGUCGCAUUACUGCGACACCUGCGGCAAGGACGGUCAUGAGUGGUGGGAUGGGCAGUGCGCGGGGCCAUGCCUUCACUGCGACGAGGGAGCAUUGGGACACGGGACGGCGAAGUGUGGCAAGGGCGACCGAUUUGGGGUCUACCGGCCGCAGCCGAUGACUUUGGCGGAGGAGAACAGAGCCUACCAUAAGAAGCUAAUGGAGGCAUUGGACAACCUCGCUCGGAGCAGAGCGUACGGUCAAUUGUUGAGGGAGACGUUGGAGGAUGGGCGUGCUGCGAAGAGGGCUGCGACAUUGCAGCAACGCACAGCUAACAAGCAGGACUACGAUGCGAGGAAGGCAUUCGAUAAAGAGCAUGGAGCAAAGCCGGGAUCGAGCAAGGGCAAUAUCCUGAAGGGUGCCAGCCAAGCGAUCGCGACGGUUGGUGUUGACAGAUUCCCUAGAGUGCAUGGCAAGGCGCGCAAGAAGUUGAGGAAAGAGGCGAAUCUUCUGCGGCUUCAGGACCCCCAGAGAUCAGGUCGCGAUAGCGACACUGCUGGAGAAGAUGGAGUGCAGAAUGGAGAAGAGAGCGCGGAGGCUAGAGAGGACGAGGUCACAGUCGUGAAAGAGGUCGGCAGAGACGAUGCAGGAUGGAAGAUUCCAGUAGCAAUUGUCGCGGACAAUAGAGCAUUUCUGGAGAAGCCCGCUCAUCCUUUCCGGACGAGACCGCAAAAGGAGCAGAAACAUAAUAGCCUAGCCGCUACUUUACGACGAAAAUCGGCACGUUUCCUCUAA